UCUCGCUUCUCAUUUGGACUGGACUUUCUCACCACUCAACUUCAUCUCAUCCCAAUCACCUCGAAGAAAACAUGGUUUGAGUAACGCCGGCGGCGGCUUACAAGCAGCAAUGAAGGCUGAUGGUGAAGAUGGUCCUGGGCUUCAGCUCACCUGCUUCUCCCAAUUAUCCGAUCAUGAUGAUGCUACCCUCCACUUUCACAUUCUUCGACUCCACAAACAGAUUUAUGCAUGGAUUGGUUGCAACUCUGCAAAGUUUGGACAUCUAUAUGCUGCUGCACCUACACCGUCCAGCAAUACAGUUGGUGUGACUUCUCUAAUUGGAGGGGCUUCUGAUAAUAUCGGAUCUGCUAUUGCACGCCGAUUAGUUCUAAAGACUGGUCUUAAUAUUGUGCUGGCUUGUAAUAUACCAAAGAAUAGCCCCUUGCUUGAGGCAAAUGCUGAGAAAAUUCUGGUGCAAAAGCUAAUUAGUCUGGGAUACACCAUUCCAAAAAUCUAAAAGAAACAUCCUCAUCAAGUGGACUUUCUUUUGCCAUAUGUCUGCAAUAUUUACCUUCACAGUUUUUCCUUUUUCCCAGUAUUUACGCUAAGAGAAGAACCACAUUGUUGGAUUUUCCAUUUAUUUCGUUUCAAAGACUUUAUACUAAACGGUGUAUCAAUGCAUCUGUUUAAUCAUCAAUGUAGGUACAAAUGAAACAAUA